ACCGAGAGUGCUAGAGGCCCCCUCCUCCCAAGGCGCCACAGCAUGUGGGAGCUCCGGUCCAUAGCCUUCUCCAGGGCUGUGUUCUCCGAGUUCCUGGCCACCCUCCUCUUCGUCUUCUUUGGCCUGGGCUCGGCCCUCAACUGGCCGCAGGCCCUGCCCUCCGUGCUGCAGAUCGCCCUGGCUUUCGGCCUGGCCAUCGGCACCCUGGUGCAGACACUGGGCCACAUCAGCGGGGCCCACAUCAACCCUGCCGUGACCGUGGCCUGCCUGGUGGGCUGCCAUGUCUCCUUUCUCCGCGCCACCUUCUACGUGGCUGCCCAGCUGCUGGGGGCUGUGGCCGGGGCCGCCAUCCUCCAUGAGCUCACGCCACCCGACAUCCGAGGGGACCUGGCUGUCAAUGCGCUCAGCAACAACACAACGGCUGGCCAGGCGGUGACCGUGGAGCUCUUCCUGACCCUGCAGCUGGUGCUCUGCAUCUUCGCCUCCACCGAUGACCGCCGCGGAGACAACCUGGGCACCCCCGCCCUCUCCAUUGGCUUCUCUGUGGCCCUGGGUCACCUUCUCGGGAUCCACUACACUGGCUGCUCCAUGAAUCCUGCCCGCUCCCUGGCCCCUGCAGUUGUCACCGGUCUUCUGGAUCGGACCCCUGGUCGGUGCCAUCCUGGGCUCCCUCCUCUACAACUACGUCCUGUUCCCCCACUCCAAGAGCCUGUCGGAGCGCCUGGCCGUGCUGAAGGGGCUGGAGCCGGACACCGACUGGGAGGAGCGCGAGGUGCGGCGGCGGCAGUCGGUGGAGCUGCACUCGCCGCAGAGCCUGCCCCGCGGCAGCAAGGCCUGAGCGUGUCGCCGGCCGGCCACCCAGGCGCCGAGGAGCUGGGGUGACCGCCCGUGGGGCCCGGGACGAAAGGUCCUCCGUGCCCCUCCUCUGCCCCGGGUCCGGAAUCGUCCCCAGUGGCGAGUGCAGUUGCUCUGGGACCGAAAGGCCGGCCAGUGAGCAGGGUGGGAGGGGGCGCCUGGGAGGCUCAGGAGACUGUAGGUGAGGGGCGGACCCUUGUGUGUGUGUGUGUGUGUGUGUGUGUGUGUGUGUGUGUGUGUGUCGGGGUGCUUUGAAAGGGCUGCCCCAGGCUGAGCGUUGCCGUUGUCUGGCCUGGGCCCAGGUUCUGCUAGUGCCCAUGUGUGCAUAUUCUAUAUUCUAGCCCCACGUGCAGGGUUGUGUCUGCCCCUGAGCGUGAGCAGGUGCAGCUCUGGUGGUGUACAUGUGCCAGGCUGGCUGUCUCCCCCCGCCCAGCUAUGAGCCCGUUGACCCCUCUUUCCCCCACCUGCAAUAAAACCAAACCACAGUGGGCAACCCAAGAGUCCUUGCUGCCUACCAGCCCUGUGGAAGUGCUUCAAGGAAGUGCCCCCAGGAGAAGGUGUGGGUCUGGAGGGCUCUGGUCUCCAACCCCUACUCUGGCUCUCCUGGAAAGCCAUACCCUCACCACCUCCCACCCUAAACUUCAGCCCUGAACCCCAAGACUUGCCAGGAUCCAUUGCUGGAGCUGCCAAGCAGAGGGCAGCUUCCCCACAGUGGCCUCUGCAGAGUGGAGGGGUGGGUGGCCAAGACCUCCUCCCUUUUGGCCCUGAAAAGACCUCUCCCCAGGAGAAGCCUGGCCUGUAUACUGAUCUGUGUGCUCUCGUGUGUGAGUGUGAGUGUGAGUGUGAGUGUGUGUGUGUGUGUGUGUAUGUGUACUAGAGACCCCAGGUCCCAGCCCCCCCACCACCUGAGAUUAGCCUUGAUUGCAGCAGGAAGAACAAAGAGCCUUUGUAGGCCCCAAGCCUUUGUCUCCAGAGAGGGGGAGAUUUGCAACUAGACACUUCUUGAAAGGAAACACUCAUUUCGCAAGUGAACCCUCUCGCCCAGCACACACCUACAGCCAAGUGGGCAAGGCACUCCGGCAUGCAGCCACGGGCACCAGGCAACACCCCUCCAGCACCUGCCACAUGGCUGCCCCCUCUGUAGGCAAGAGCCCUCCCCUCAGGAAUCUGUUACCCUUCCUUCUCCCCACCCCCGAGCCUGCCACCCCAGCGCCUACCCCUGGGGCAGUUGGGGGGGAGAGGGGAGUGGGGAGGGCGGCAGGCUUCUAAACUCCCAGGCCCCUGCAGUGGUUCUCAGUUGAGAUUAGUGCCAUGAUGCAUGUAAAAGUUCCUGUGGAGGCUGUAAUUCCUAAUGCCAUUAUCGCUUGUUAUUAGGAUCAUUUUCAUUAGGUCUGCUUCCUGGGCGGGGAGCCACAGAAGGGCCUGACCCUCAGCCUCCUGUACCCAGGCUAGUGGACAGUCGAGGAGAGCCCUGAGAGCCCAAGGCUCAGGCAGAAGGGGACCUGUUUUGAGGGGGACCCACCUUGUCCAGCCUCUUGACCUCUCCUGACCCUGUGCUCAUGCUGGUUCUUGUCCCACCCACUUCCCCAGCCCUCCCUCUCAGGCCUGCUGCAUAACUAACCUAAGGUCAGACCUUGAAUUCCCACCUCCCUGCUUUCUAGGCUUCUGCCUGUGUCUGUCCCCAUGGGCAGUGCAGCAAAGCCUGCCUGGGCACCUGAGCUGGAGCAGGACUCAGGCCUCCAGCCACUGUCCCCUGCCAGAGAUGGACCCUGUUUGGGCAGCAUCUUUGUCAUUCCCACCAGAGCUCCACUAUCCCCAGCCCUCCCUUCCAUGCCCUCCCCUGUUUUCUUUGACCAACAUGGCUUCCUUGAGGGAAACAGAAGAGCUUCACUGGGCCAUGGGUGCUACAGAGAUGGCUCCCUAAACUGUCCACUGCUGGUGACAUCGCCUGGCCCUACUGCAGAGCAAAGGGUCUAGCCAGAGGCCAAGGUGACCUCCAGGACUAGGCUCCUGGUAACCCAGAGUUUUUGCUCUAGAAGUUCAAAGGCAACAACCUCCUCCCCAUCCCACUUCCUCCCAGCUGGGCUGGGCGCUGCAAUCCUUCCCUAGCCUGCUCACGGGUUUAGGGUUAAAUGAGCUCAUGUGUGCAAAGCACCCAGCAGGGAGGCUGGUGCCCAGGAGAUGCUCAGGGGGUGCCAGUUCUCCACUCCCAGCAGUUGGCAUCUUGCCCUGACCUCAGACAGGUCUCUAGGUAGAAUAGCACAUUGUGCUCCUGAUGGAAAGGUUGGUAGCUCCAACCCAAACCGUGGCGCCAAGAAGGAAAGGCCUGGUGCACUGGGUCCACCAAGAUUACAGCAGGGCUUGACCAUUCCCAAAGCCCUCCCUUAUCCUCUCCUGGGAUGAUCCCCCACUCUGUCAGAUAGGCAGAGCAAACAGUCUUCUUCCCAUUUUAUAGAUCACAAAACUGAGGCUAAGAAUCUGGCUGAAGGCCAUACAUACAGCUAACACACAGCGGAACCGAGAUUUGAACACAGGUCCUUUUGUUUAAAAAAAAAAAUUCUCAUGAUCGCUCAGAAGUCAAGGGGCACUGGGUCUGAGGAAAGUCCUAGGCUCCUCCUGGGAGUUGCGAGGCAAGCUGGAGCACCCAACGGGGCCUCCCAGCCUAGGCCAUUGUCUUGGCCUGGGCACAGAACUCAGAGGGGAGGGGCGGCGGCAGGGUCAAGAGAAAAUGACAAAAAGCCAAGCCCAGGGCUGGUUUCUGCCUUUGAAGAACUUCCAGGUUGGGGAAAAUAGAGGUCUGACACCCCCCUACACCAGGCAGACAGGGCAGCAUGGGAGGCCAGUGGAUAGACCUCCAGGUUCCCAACCUGCAGACAAAGAAGGUUCUCAGGUGAGGGCAGGGGCUGACUGACCACGAGGCCCAUUGCCUUUGGUUCCCGCUUUGUCCCGAAGACUUCACAUCGGCACCUGCUGCUCUGAUGUGGUUCUGUACCUUUAAGAUGGGAUUUUGUAUAGACACCUUGCCUGCCUCCCAGCUAGAUUGUAAGCCCACUGGGGGCAGGGAUCCUGUUGGUUCUUCCACGUUCUGCUCUUAUCUCCCCUUCCUCGUGUCUGCCCGACACGUGCUCUGCACAUAGUGAGCAUCAAUAAAUGCUGCUUGGAUCAGAGAAA